AUGACAUCCGCUGGAGUAGAGUCAGUUGAUAUUGACACCGGUAUCAACUCAUUGUACUUAUUACUUUGUACAGGAUUGUUACCGUUGGUAAUCAUUGGAAUCGCCUUGUUCUACUCAGGAUUAACUCAGAGGCGCUCUGCGUUUACCAUGUUGGCUAUACCCGUUUUGAUAUCCCCUAUUAUUGUUCUUGAUUGGUACAUUUGGGGUUACUCAUUAUGCUAUGGAACUGCAUCCAACAAGUACAUUGGCAGCUUGAAAUACGCCGUGUUGCGCCAACUUAAACAUUCAAUAAAAGAAACAUACACAAAUACAAGGGGUUCAGUUUUGUUAAUGAACCAUUUCUUGUUCAACAUGCUUUUCAAGGUCAUUUGUGCGGCAUUUACAUUUCCUGGGUGUAUUGCAGAAAGAGGAAGAAUUUUGCCAAUGAUCUUAUUUGUCUUCAUAUGGUCGGCGAUUAUAUAUAAUCCAGUGACAUAUUGGUUUUGGAAUUCCAAUGGUUGGCUUUACAAAAUGGAUGUGUUGGAUUUUGCUGGAGGAAAUUGUAUACAUAUAGUAUGUGGAUUCACUUGUUUGGCGUACUCAUAUAUUCUUGGCCCAAGAAACCCCAAAGCCCUUUACAAUUACCGUCACUCAAAUACUGGAUAUAUUGUUAUCGGCACCUUCCUUCUUAUGUGUGGGUGGAUUGGUUUCAUUGCUGGAUGUGAAUAUAAAUUUUCAUACAAUUCAAUACCGAUUAUGGUCAGCACGAUACUUGCAUCAAGCUCCGCCGUUAUUGUUUGGUCCGCAAUCGAUUACACAUUUUCAAAAGAAGUUUUGGGUAUUGAGGAAGGGAUAGGGGCAUCUGCUGGUGAUACCACAAGCGAUAGAUCAAAUAGAUCAACACUCGCAAAGCCUGUGAUGAAACGAAAGAUUUCCAUGAUUUCAAUCACUUCUGGUAUUGUUAGUGGUUUAGUUGUGGUUACUCCUGGUGGAGGUUAUAUUUCCUCCAACAACGAUUUAUGGAAAUCUAUUAUAUUUGGAGUAGUUGGAGCUGCUUUAAGCAACUUGUCUACAAGAUUGAAAUACUACUUGAAUAUCGACGAUGCAUUGGACGUGUUUGCAAUUCAUGGAGUAGCAGGUAUAGUUGGUUCUUUAUUGACAGGAAUUUUUGCCGAUAAGUUGUAUGAUUCUCAAGGUGGGUGGGUAGCAGGUCACUGGAAACAAUUUGGUAUACAAUUGCUAGGUCUAGUUGUCACCGGUGCAUACGUGUUUGUUAUGACUGUGUUCUUUUUGUACAUUAUUGAUUUCAUACCAGGUUGCCAUCUACGAAUCGAUAAAAAUUUCAAUAGAAGAGAGAGGGAGAAGAAGCAGGUCAAGAAGAGGGAGACAAAGACAGAAUUGGAACUGCAAGUUUCGGCAAUUGCGAGCGAGAAAUUACCUGAUGAUAGAGCCGAUUACUGGGAGGAGGUAGAGCUACUAGGUUCAGACAACUAUGAAUUUAGUGGUGAAUUUUUGAUGGACUUUAUAGAGUUUAUCAAAGUUAUACGACCGGAAGAUUAUGCUGCCGAGGCGAAUGAGGAGAUCUUACUACUGAAUAGUGAAAGUAUGGGCAUUUAUAACUCGGGUAAUCAGUACCAGCAGGCUGAAGGAGAAUGUACUUUUAGAAAGCAUUAA